AUGUGUCCCAUGGAAAGCAGAAUUGAGGUUUCCCAUACACAUGUACCAGCAUCUCUAUCCAGUGUACUAAAAGCUGUCUCUAUAUUGCAGCUGAUCGCUCGCUGUGACAUCAUGCUGGUGAUGGAGAUCAAAGAUCUCAGUGGGAAGGCUUUCCCUCAGCUCAUGACCAAACUCAACAGUGACUACAGCUCCAGGAAGAAUGAGUAUAACUAUGUGAUCAGUGACAGACUGGGACGUAAGUCUUACAAGGAGCAGUACGCCUUUAUCUACAGACAGAGGCUGGUGUCAGUAAAGGAAGUGUACCAGUACCCAGACACCCAACCUGGAGAUGAGGAUGCCUUCUCCAGGGAACCUUUCAUCGUCUGGUUCUCUUCCCCCAAAACAGCCGUCCAGGACUUUGUGAUCAUCCCGAUCCACACCACUCCAGAAACGUCCGUCAGGGAGAUAAAUGAACUGUACGAUGUGUUCCAAGAUGUCAAACAACGAUGGACCUCAAAGAAUGUAAUCAUCAUGGGCGACUUCAAUGCGGACUGCGGCUACGUACCCAAGAAGCAGUGGAGCAGCAUCCGCCUGCGGUCUGACAGCAGCUUCCUGUGGCUGACGGGUGACACCAUCGACACCACCGUCAAGGAGUCCACAGACUGUGCCUAUGACAGGGUUGUCCUCCACGGGGACAAGAUGAUCCAGGCAGUCAACCCAACCUCUCUGGAUGUGUUUGACUUCAGACAGGCCUACGGACUAACCGAGCUACAGGUAUAGCACCCUCUCCUCUCU